GUUUGUAGGUGGAGAACUGAAUAUCUGUUACAAUGCUGUAGAUCGUCAUGUAGAGAAUGGACAAGGAGACCAAAUUGCCAUUAUAUAUGACAGUCCUGUAACAAAUACCAAAGAGAAUAUAACAUAUAAGGAACUUCUUGAACAGGUCUCCAAGUUAGCUGAUGUCAUGGUCAGACAUGGUGUGAAGAAAGGAGAUCGUGUGGUCAUCUACAUGCCCAUGAUUCCACAGACAGUGUACUGUAUGCUGGCUUGUGCAAGAAUAGGAGCCAUCCAUAGCCUGAUUUUUGGUGGAUUUGCGUCUAAAGAGCUUUCGGUUCGCAUUGAUCAUGCAAAGCCCAAGCUUAUUGUAACAGCAAGUUUUGGAGUAGAACCAAAAAGGAAAGUAGAAUACAUAUCCCUUCUAGAAGGAGCACUGGCAAGGGUACAGACCAAACCUGAUAAGGUUCUCAUUUACCAGCGACCUAAUUUGGGCCAUGUUCCUCUUAUCCAAGGUCGUGAUCUUGACUGGGAAGAAGAGCUUGCAAAAGCACAGUGUUCUAAAUGUGUCUCUGUUCCCUCAGACCAUCCACUUUAUAUUCUGUAUACAUCUGGAACAACAGGCUUGCCCAAGGGUGUUGUCAGACCAACAGGUGGCUAUGCAGUUAUGCUAAACUGGACAAUGUCAGCUGUAUACGGACUCAGACCUGGUGAGGUGUGGUGGGCAGCUUCGGAUUUAGGCUGGGUUGUUGGUCAUUCCUACAUUUGCUAUGGACCUCUUCUUCAUGGGAAUACUACAGUUUUGUAUGAGGGGAAGCCUGUGGGAACGCCAGAUGCUGGUGCCUAUUUCCGUGUGCUAGCAGAGCAUGAAGUAGCUGCCUUCUUUACUUCACCAACUGCAAUUAGAGCAAUCCGUCAGCAGGACCCUGAGGCAGCCUUGGGAAAGAAGUACUCUCUGAAAAGGUUCAGAACAUUAUUUGUAGCUGGUGAGCACUGUGAUGUGGACACACUAGAAUGGUCAAAAAAAGUCUUCAAGGUGCCUGUCUUGGACCACUGGUGGCAAACUG